UCCUACAACUAUAUCGGGGAGAACCAGCUAUCUCUAGGUUCGAUUACAAUUUCAGCUCUAACCACAAGUCAUCCGAGAUCAUUUCAACGAGCACCGGUUCGGCCCUCCGUUUGGUUUUAUCCUCACUUCAGCCUGCUCAUGAGAAACUUAACCUUGCCAAUAAUUAUAACUCGCCGGCUCAUUCUGCAAAAAGCACGCCAUUAGGCUUUAUGCCCUUUGACUUUUUUUCACUAUCGGUGACUAAUGAGUAUUUAGCCUUACGGGGUGGCCCCCGCUUUCACUUUCUAUGGCAUGGUUUUCCAACCACUUCUUCUAUUAAUAACCUUUGUAACUCUGAAUGCAUUUUCCUACAACCCCAAUCUACAAACAUGGAUUGGUUUGGGCUAUGUUUCAAUUCUCCGGGUUCACUUCUAAGUAUCAUGAAACUUAGACCUUACCACAUUACUGGAUAUCACGUCCUUCAUCGUCUAUUAGUCCCAAGUUAUCCACCAUACACUCUUAGUAACUUAUAUUUCG